CGAGGGGAGGUUCGCGAGGGGAGGUUCCCGGGCCGAGGUCCGCAGUGCACCCAGACUCUUCUUCCUGCGCAAGCUGCAUCUGGUGACGUUCCUCCCGGGACCAGAGAAUAUCCCAGAGGAAGUGUGGAAGGCUGUUCUCUGAGCUCUGACAUGUUUGCCAGGGAAAAUCAUAUCUCUCUGGCAAGAAGAACAUUACCUCAGGAGACAUAUCCACAGUUGUGUGUGAACGAGAUGGAGGCCGACCUGUCUGACUUUAACAUCGAUGCCCCCCGUUGGGACCAGUGCACUUUCUUGGGGCGGGUGAAGCACUUUUUCAAUAUCACAGACCCCCGCACUGUCCUGGUACCAGAGCGGGAGCUGGACUGGGCCAAGGUGAUGGUGGAGAAGAGCAGGAUGGGGAUUGUGCCCCCAGGUACCCAGGUGGAGCAGCUGCUGUAUGCCAAGAAGCUCUAUGACUCGGCCUUCCACCCUGACACUGGGGAGAAGAUGAACGUCAUUGGACGGAUGUCCUUUCAGGUCCCUGGUGGUAUGAUCAUCACGGGCUUCAUGCUUCAGUUCUACAGGACGAUGCCGGCGGUCAUCUUCUGGCAGUGGGUGAACCAGUCCUUCAAUGCCUUAGUCAACUACACCAACAGGAAUGCAGCUUCCCCCACGUCGGUCAGGCAGAUGGCCCUUUCCUACAUCACAGCCACAACCACCGCGGUGGCCACUGCUGUGGGCAUGAACAUGUUGACAAAGAGAGCUCCACCCCUGGUGGGCCGCUGGGUGCCUUUUGCUGCUGUGGCUGCUGCUAACUGUGUCAACAUCCCAAUGAUGAGACAGCAGGAACUCAUCCAGGGCAUCUGCGUGAAGGACACGAACCACAAUGAAAUUGGUCAUUCCCGGAGAGCUGCAGCCAUCGGCAUCACCCAAGUGGUUAUUUCUCGGAUCACCAUGGCAGCCCCUGGCAUGAUCUUGCUGCCGGUCAUCAUGGAAAGGCUGGAGAAGCUGCGUUUCAUGAAGAAAGUCAAGGUCCUGCACGCGCCAUUGCAGGUUACGCUGUCUGGGUGCUUCCUCAUCUUCAUGGUGCCGGUGGCAUGUGGGCUCUUCCCGCAGAAAUGCAAAUUGCCAGUUUCCUAUCUGGAACCAGAGCUCCAAGACACCAUCAAGGCCAAGUAUGGAGAACUCGUACCUUACGUCUACUUCAAUAAGGGUCUCUAAAUGCCCUACCCCAGCAAGGACCAGUCUAUACCCAUAUUCACCAGGCUCCUCCUUACCUGCUGUGUAGACCUGUGCCCCCCUUCCUCUUUGCCAACAGGGCCGGAAGGCCAGGGUGGGUCUGCGUGCGGUGGUGGUAGUCGGGGGCGCGAGGGUGCCUCCUGCUUCUACUCAGGCACUUGGUUUAUUGGGCUCCAGGGGAUGAAAGUGAACAAGGGGAGAAAGACCAAGUCUUCUAUCAGCUCCCCGCUUAACUCUCAUCCCCUGGAGACCAGGAGCUGAGUCCCCUACAGAGAGAAGUUGGUGGGGCAUGAGGGCGACACUCAAGCAAAACAUUUGGAAAAAUUAGGAAGUCUUUGGGCUUCUGGUUCUAGCCAGGAUUGAGGAAGAGCUCCUGGGACAAAGAAGCUUCUACCUUUCUUUCCUCUUCCCUUCCUCAUUAUCUCUCAAGCUAUAGAACCUUUAUCCAUGCAGUUCUAGCCAACUCAGGAAGGGGGAGGGCCUAGUCAGUGUCACCUUGGGGCUCAUCUCCACUCUUCCUCAUCCUCCUCCCCACUGCCCCAGUUGGAAAGGUUCUUCGGGAGUACUGCUAACCUUGAGUUUAUCAGGCACCCAGGAGUUCUCUGUGCCAAAAAAAGUCAUUGUGUGAGGCAGCAGAGUUCCACAGGGCUUCAAGCCCUGUCAAGUGAUACUAACUUUGAUAUCCUGCUGGGAAACCAUGUCCGAUUUUACUUCUGUGUGUUUAAAAGAUAAUUCUACUAACUGUGAGUAAAAAGGAUGUAUGUAAACGUUAGCCACACAUUUUAAUGGGUAUAAUUUCCUGGCUGCCUCCUUUCCUCAGCCUGUUGGGUUAAACACCAAAGAAAGACUGGUGUGUACUGACCAGGAAAAGGAAGUUUUAUUUGGACUCCUCUAAGAGGAAAUCAGCGAGGACCAAAAAGCCUUAAAGGACACAACAAAGCACAGCCACUGCCCUUCCCAACUUGGCUGCUGUAGGUGAUUUCUCAAGCUCUCUAGGGAACUGUUGUGGGUUUACCUGGGGUGGAUGUCUGUAUAAGUUGUCUAGUAGAAUUUACUGAUCAUUCAAAGGAUAUCACUGUGAAUCGAAUAAAUUUCUUGAAAUAGCACA